AUAUCAUAGCAUCUCUUUUCUUUCUUCCAUUAUUAUAUUUUCUGUUUCUUGUCAAAAAUGGUGCUAGCUGGUAAGCUUAUUACUGAACUUGGGAUCAAAACCCCCGCUGAAAGGUUUUACAAACUCUUUGCAUCAGAACUUCACGAAGUGCAAGUCCAUUGUGAAAGAAUUCAUCAUACCAAGCUGCAUGAAGGUGAAGACUGGCAUGACACUGAUACAGUUAAACACUGGACAUAUGUCAUAGAUGGUGAUAAAAUAAGCAAAUGCACUAGAGAUAUUGAUGCUCAUCUUAUCAAGGGAGAGAAGGUUGCUCUAUAAGUCAUCAAUGCAUUUUAUUUAUAUUGCAUCUUUAUAAUUAGUGUGAUGUUUGUAAUGGCAUGCAUGUAAGAUAUAUAAGCAUGCAUGCAUGUUUGCUUUUAUUUAUAUUGCAUCGUUAUAAUUAGUGUGAUGUUUGUAAUGGCAUG